GGCCAGAGCUUUAUUCAGCAGCUUGCCCUGUUCAUUGACGUCACGGACGUCAGUGUUCGCACAUGGGAUAGCGAAUCAUUUGCGCUUUUGCGCUCCAGCCUGACGAUCUCACGGACGCGCGAGACCAGCCGCCGCUCAUCGGUGCCGCGCACGGGCUGAGGACUCUAUUCCCGUACCCUACUGCAGAGUUUUUAUUUUUAUAAAUCAUUUUUUUUAAUAAUAUUUCAUUUCUUCGGGAAGAUUGUUCUUUCCUUUACGCCAUGGAGAAGAUGUCUCGACCUCUUCCUAUAAACCCAACUUUCCUACCUCCGACUCACGGCGUCCUGAAAUCCCUGCUGGAGAACCCCACGAAACUGCCCUUUCAUCACGAUGAAGGGUUCGGGAAAGAGAAAGAGAAGGAAAAGAAGCUGGAAGAGGAUGGAAACGGUCUAAACACCCCUCAGUCCGCCUUCCUGGGGCCGACGCUGUGGGACAAGACCCUGCCGUACGAUGGUGACAACUUCCAGCUGGAGUAUAUGGACUUAGAGGAGUUUCUGCUGGAGAACAAUAUUCCCGCCAACUCUCAGAGCGAGCAGAACCAGCCUUCCCAGCAGCCCCUGCCACCACAGCCUCCCUCCACCCCGCCGACUCCUUCAGUGGUGGACCUCAGCAACCGGGCCACCACCUCCGUUCACUCCGGGAUCGGGGGCCAGAACUGCCUCCAGAGUCCCAGCAGAGCAG